AUGAAACCGUCAAGGGUGUUCGUAGUCUACGCAAGCGUCUCGCUAUUUGCCGCAACACAGGCCCAGGCACAGUCACAAACUCCGCCCCAAUGCCUUCGAUCAUUCAACGGCACGAUCGGCAACGGAACAGUAGGCUCUGAACAGCAAAUUAGUAGCACGACAGUGCGAGCUGUCAACACCACCGACGCGAAUCAAGGUGUCGCCGUGGAUCGUGACUACUUCUACUCCAUUGAUAACUACUCCAUAACGAAGCAUAACAAAACGACCGGUCGAGCUCUCCGGCAAUGGUAUGGCGGAUCGGACGGCCCCAUCAUUCAUCUAGAUGGGGGCGUUGUCAUCAAUGGAACUCUCUAUGCGCCGCACUCGAACUAUCCUACCGCACCGGAGACAUCAUCUGUGGAAGAGUGGGAUGUCACCACCAUGGAACAUGUGCGGAGUUACUCCUUUGGAAUCAACCGGGGAAGCCUGACUUGGAUCGAUCAAGACAGCACGGGCACAUGGUAUGGGACUUUUGCCAAUUACGACCGAGUCCAGGAAGGUCAGACGCAACCAUAUGGUCUUAGCAUGAACACCCAACUGGUCCGUUUCACACCUGGUCCCGAAGGCCCCUUUCAGUAUAUUUCACAAUCAUGGAUUUUCCCCGAAUCCAUGGUGUCUGAGGUCUUUUCACCCAUGUCCAAUUCCGGUGGAAGUUUCGGCCCAGACGGCUGGCUAUACAUCACGGGCCACGAUGCCAGCGCAGCAUACGUGGUGCAAAUCCCGUCUGCUGGAAGUGUGCUGAUAUGGGUAGCCACGGCAGACCUACCGGAUAUCGCCGGGCAGGGCAUUGCGUGGGAUCGAAGUCUUCGGCCUGAAGGUGGCAAUGGAACCCUGUACGGGAUCAGUCGUGAAAGCCGACAGGUGGUCGAGAUGAACAUCCCUCUCCAGCCAUGUAGGCCGCAAGAUAACUUAUCUGUGGGGAAAGUUCUGGGGCCGAACGACUUUGUGGAUCCAGAUGCCGAAUGA